UGAAAUGCGAACAGGGCUUAUAAAAGACCAGGUGGUUCAUCGAGUGAUGGGUUAAAACAUUUUCGGAGCGCUAUUUGUGGCCUGCCGCUUCACACGCCAGAUACAGACAGAGCAGCAUGGAGACGCUUCUUUUUCUAUUUCCUCAAUUCAACUACAUGGCCCCGAAGGAGGAAGCAUAUUUCAAAAUGCUCGGUCCAGAAGACUUGCAGGCACCAAAGAUGAAGGACGACAGUAGCAGACAGAAAGACAAGGAGAGGAAGAGCCGACUGAGCCUUUUCCUCACCAAGUCAGGCUCCCAUGAAAACGUCAGUCCCCAUAAAAAGACAAAUAUGACACCAAGCAACAUCUCACCCGAGGCAGCUUUGCAAUGGAGCGACUCCUUUGAAGAACUGCUAAAGCACUCGGAUGGGGUGGAAACCUUUUCUCAGUUCCUCAGGACAGAGUUCAGUGAGGAAAAUAUCGAGUUCUGGCUGGCCUGUGAAGAAUACAAGACCAUUGAUUCUGAGACCAAGCUGCUGUCCAAAGCCAAAUAUAUUUAUACAGUUUUUAUUGAAUCGGACGCUCCUAAAGAGGUCAACAUUGACUACAACACCAAGAUGGCAAUCCAGAGGACCAUAGCACAGCCCACAAAGAGCUGUUUUGACGCAGCCCAGAUGAAAGUCUACAGCCUGAUGAAAAAGGAUUCCUACCCCAGGUUCCUCCACUCUGACAUUUAUCUGCGUGUCACCAGGAAGAAAGGCCCGGGGGCCACCAUGUUUCGCAGAAGGUCACGCUCCUGUGUCUUCAACGAGAGGGGCGAGGCCACCACUGAACCCUCGGCCUGGUAACACAUUGCCAGCGCAGCAGCUCGCUCUGUGAAUCGUUAUCAUUACACGAGAGAUAAUCCGUGAUUCGCAGCACAGUUGUUGAAAUGUUGUGUGUGUUGCAGCAGAUUCUUGGCCACAGGUUUGCUACUGCAGAGUGUGUUAUUGUUUUACAGCCACGGGGGUCACAGUGGAUUAUCUCUCUCACAUAGCACCGCAGCAGAUUGCUGAUAAUGAAAUUUUAAAGGAAGUUAAACAUUUUGGGAAAUUUGCUUACUUUCUUUCUCGCAGAGAGUUAGAUGAGAAGAUACUCUCAGGUGUGUACAGUAAAUAUUAAGCUACAACCAGCAGGUGUUUAGCUUAGCUUAGCUUUAAGACUACAAACUGAUGGAAACAGCUAGCCUGGCUCUGUCCAAUGAUAAAAAUAACCCACCUACCAACACCUAUGUGCUGGACUUUUUCUUGGCAUGGUAACGUCCUGGAAUCUACUCACACCGACAACAACAUUCAACAACAUUUGGCUAGCUGUUUCCCUUUCUUUCCAGCCUUCAAGCUAAGCUAAGCUAUCUGCUGGUGGUAGCUUUAUAUCUGCCGUACCAUCAUUCUUCUCAUCUAACUCUUUGCAAAAAAAAACGAAUCAGCAUAUCUACCAAGAUGUUGUUAAGUCCUUUAAGUAUUAUACUACACAGCUGUAUAACAGCUGACAUCAUUAGCCUUUCAGCUAUAAGAAUUAAUUUAAAAAGGUUAUGGCCACUAUGACAGAGCCAUGCACUCCGGCCAAUCAGAACAUUCUGCGUGGCCACGUCAUAAAAUCAGGUCAUUCUGCAGCACUUGUGGAAGGAUCUAUCCGUUCUCUCCUUCAGAGGCAAUGCACAGCUUGUGGGUUGAACCUCUAUUGAUGGUUUUCAUAUUUUCGCAAAUGUUGCAAAACUUGAAUGACAAUGGGAUGUUUGGGGACAGAAUCUCAGCAGAAGUGCCUCCACGCUACUGACAGUACUCAGCCAGCCGUACAGGCAGCCACGCUGAGGCCUCCCUCCUCACAUCAGACACAUUACGCUUCAAUUGCUUUAUCCUCCGAUCCAGCAAUAGCACCUUAUACAACAUUAAUACAGUUGAUGUGGCGUACAGCUAAUUUGACCAUAUCUCAUUAAAAUGGAUUCAUGAUUUUAUCUCUCCCGCUGUCCAGCCCCUUCCAGACUAACUUGCAGUGAAAGCCUGCAGCUGUGGUGAUUGAAAAGCACUGAAACUCUUUAAUGAGGGAUAUAUAUCACUCAAUUCUGUUAUUGAUUAAACUGCAUCCCAUUUUCACACACGGAAAAAUAUCUCAUUUGAAUACUAAUAUUAUGUCAUUGUAUUAAUUAUGACUGCUGUUUUUCAGUUUGCUAUCAUCUAAUAUAAUUUAUGUAUUAUUUUAAUCAUACGUGUUGCCUUGCAGUUGUAAAAUGUAUAUACUAUUAUAUGUGGAAUAACUCAAAUAAACACUUUCUUAUAAAAGCA